AUGUAUAUAAAGAUGGCCACGUUAGCAAACGGACAACCAGACAAUACCAGCCUGAGUAGCAAUCACAGCAACCCCAGCACCAACGGGCAUAUGAACGGAUUAAACCAUAGCCCCGGAAACCCAUCCACCAUCCCAAUGAAGGACCACGAUGCCAUUAAGCUCUUUAUUGGGCAGAUCCCCCGUAACCUGGACGAGAAAGACCUCAAACCGCUCUUCGAGGAGUUCGGGAAGAUCUAUGAACUGACGGUGCUGAAGGACAGGUUCACUGGCAUGCACAAAGGCUGUGCCUUCCUAACAUACUGUGAAAGGGAGUCUGCUCUAAAGGCCCAGAGUGCACUGCAUGAACAGAAGACACUGCCGGGGAUGAACAGACCGAUCCAGGUGAAACCAGCGGAUAGCGAAAGCCGAGGAGGUAGCAUGUGCAAAAGGACACCACCUUCACACAGAAAACUCUUUGUGGGCAUGCUCAAUAAGCAGCAGUCAGAAGAUGACGUGCGCAGGCUAUUCGAGGCAUUUGGCAACAUCGAGGAGUGCACAAUCCUUCGGGGACCCGAUGGCAACAGCAAAGGGUGUGCAUUUGUGAAAUACUCUUCCCAUGCGGAGGCCCAAGCGGCUAUCAAUGCCUUGCAUGGCAGCCAGACAAUGCCGGGAGCCUCUUCAAGCCUGGUGGUGAAGUUUGCAGAUACAGACAAGGAGCGUACAAUGAGACGCAUGCAGCAAAUGGCGGGACAAAUGGGCAUGUUCAACCCCAUGGCCAUCCAGUUUGGAGCCUAUGGCGCCUAUGCACAGGCACUGAUGCAGCAGCAGGCCGCGAUCAUGGCUUCGGUGGCACAGGGCGGCUACCUGAACCCCAUGGCAGCCUUCGCCGCAGCCCAGAUGCAGCAGAUGGCGGCUCUGAAUAUGAACGGCCUGGCGGCCGCCCCCAUGACACCAACCUCAGGUGGAAGCACGCCUCCUGGUAUAACUGCACCAGCGGUGCCUAGCAUCCCAUCUCCAAUUGGGGUGAAUGGUUUCACUGGCCUUCCGCCGCAGGCUAAUGGGCAGCCCGCCGCAGAAGCCGUGUUUGCUAAUGGCAUCCACCCUUAUCCAGCACAGAGCCCCACUGCAGCAGACCCCUUGCAGCAAGCCUACGCUGGAGUGCAGCAGUACGCAGGUCCUGCUUAUCCUGCUGCUUAUGGCCAGAUUAGCCAAGCGUUCCCACAGCCGCCUCCCAUGAUCCCACAGCAACAGAGAGAAGGACCAGAGGGCUGUAACCUGUUUAUCUACCAUCUGCCCCAGGAGUUUGGGGAUGCUGAGCUGAUGCAGAUGUUCCUGCCUUUCGGUAAUGUCAUCUCCUCGAAAGUGUUUGUGGAUCGGGCGACAAACCAAAGUAAAUGCUUUGGUUUUGUGAGUUUUGACAAUCCUGCCAGUGCCCAAGCUGCCAUCCAGGCCAUGAAUGGCUUCCAGAUUGGCAUGAAGAGGCUGAAGGUGCAGCUGAAGAGGCCAAAGGAUGCUAAUCGUCCCUACUGA